AUGGCCGCCAACGGGUCGGACUACGAGCUCCUCACAGAGCAUUUCGGCUACCCGCCCGCGGCCCUCCUCGACGACAUCAUCAACACCGUCAACGUGCUGGCCGACCGCGCCCUCGACUCCGUCGAGCGCCUGCUCCUGACCAUCCCCCCCCAGAACCUGGGCUUCAAAGCCCCCAAGCCCAAGCCCAAGCCCAAGCCAGCAGCAGCAGCAGAUGCCGAUGCCGAUGCCGCCCAGACCGCCCUCGACGCCGCCAGGCUCGAGAUCGAAAACGGCACCCACCAGCUCGAGACCCUCCUCAACGCCGCCAUCGACAAGAACUUUGACAUCUUCGAGCUCUACACCAUGCAGAACAUCCUGACGGUCAAGCCCCAAGACCAGCCGUUCAUGCGCCUGUCGCACUACGACGGCCUCGACUUGUCAAACGACCCCGACAGGCCCACCGUCGAGAGCAUCACCUCCCUAAGGCGGAGACUACACGCCAGCCAGAAACUGCACAUCGCCCUCGAGGCGGAGAGGGCCAGAAACGACGCGCUCCUGCGCCAUUUAAAGGCCGCCGUCGGCCUGUCCGCCAAGGACGACGCGGUCGAGCGGGAGGAUGGCGCCGCGGGAAAGCCCGCGAACCAGCUCGCCUUCCUGCGCGAAAAGGCGACGCUCGAACAAGGCGGGACGAACAAGCCCAUCACUACGACUGCGGAAUUCGCACUGUCGCAAUUGGAACCCCUGCGGUCGCUGUCGGAAUCCCUGCGAAGCCUGUUGCCCGGACUCGCUGCACAGGCGGCGGGGGGCCAGGACACGGAGGGGCCCGGCAAGUCUUGGCGCCGCCAACGAGCAGAGUACAUCGAGGGCGCGUCGCGCAAGUAUCUCGAGCGGACGGGGGGGUUGGAACUCGGUCCGCAGGGGGAAGUCCGCGACGGGGAGUGGCAGGGCGGGGGGCCGUCGCUGUCGAGAGGAGAGGUCGAGGGUCUGGAGAACGUUGCCUCGCUGUUGGCGGGCGAGGGGGGGCAGGGGGCCGAGACGUGA